CGAUUCCGGCACUUCUUCAUCAAUUGUUACUGCAUCACAUAUGACGUCCUACUUUAAAAUUCUAGAAGUCACGUACAAAUGCGAGAAAGAGUGCCCAUGUCGUCCAGAGAACAAACUCUCAUCCUCACUGAGCCUUUCCACAGAGAAAUUAUCUUCAUUACAAACUCCGAAAAAAGUUCGCUUCACAGUUGUUCCAGUUUCUGAAUCUACGAGUUACAUAUCAGGGAGUCCUAUUAGAUCCGGAUGGUUUUGACAAAGUUCUUAUCACAUUUUCUUUUCCUUUAAUUUUUUUUUGCAAAAACAUUGAAUGAUAUUGUUUUGGGUAUGAUUGAUAUCGAAUAAAUCAUAUGACCGGA